AUGUCUUCAUCACAUCCCCUCCAGGACCAGUCUCAAAGACUACCUAGGCGAACAUUGUUUGUAACAUUGGGAUGUUUGACGGCCUCUUUAUUUGUUUCAUUCUUUGACCAAACUGCGGUAACAACGGCAAUACCUUCAAUAGCAAAAGAUUUGAGUGAUUCCAGCACCAUCAGCAGUUGGGUUGGUACGUCUUAUUUGAUUGCAAAUACCAAUUUCCAGCUACUCUAUGGACGGCUUUCUGAUAUCUUUGGAAGGAAACAAGUGUUUCUCUUCUCAUUACUAUGUUUAUUGGUUGGUAACCUUGUAAGUGGGUUUUCCAACAACCCGAUCAUGCUUUUCGUUUUCAGAGGAAUAAGUGGUUUGGGAGGAGGAGGAAUCAAUUGCUUGGUGAUGAUAACAUUUUCAGACUUGUUGACCACGAGAGAAAGAGGUAAAUACUUUGGCUUUGUGGCACUUUCUACUACUUUGGGUAAUGGAAUAGGUCCUUUAAUUGGUGGAGUAUUGAGUGAGAAAGCCAGUUGGAGAUGGACAUUUUGGAUUAGUUGCCCAAUUUCAGUUGUUUGUGGAUUAUUGGUUAUCUGUUUUGUACCCUUAAAGCCUGUUACUGGUUCGUUCAAGGAAAAGCUUAAGCAACUUGACUAUCUCGGAUUUUUUCUUUCAUUAGUUGGAACAAUAUUUGUACUUGUGGCCAUAUCAGGAGGUGGGGAUAAUUGGCCUUGGAAGGGUGCUAUAUUCAUAACUCUUAUUGUCAUUGGAUCGCUAGCUUGUAUUGGGUUUUUGUUACUGGAACAUUAUUUAGCUAAAAUUCCCAUCAUUCCGUUGCAUUUAUUUAAUCAUUUCCAAAGGCUGUAUCUUUUUUUAAUGUGCUUCCUAAUGGGAUGGGCAUACUUUGUGGAUAUCUAUUACUAUCCCUUGUAUCUACAAAACGUUAGGGGAUGGUCACCAAUUAUGUCAGGUGUACUUCAAUUACCAUCAACCAGCAGUAGCAGUGUGUUUGGUAUAAUAGCUGGAUUCAUAAAUUCUAAGACUGGUCAUUAUGUCAGAUGUUUAUACUUUGGUGGAGCAAUGUGGUGUCUUGGGACUGGAUUAAAGAUACUCUUUGGUUUACACACAAGCCCUGGUUUAUUAGUUGGAGCGAACCUAAUUCAGGGUUUGGGUAUAGGUUUUACCUUUCAACCAACAUUAUUAGCCUUAUUAUCUCACUCAAACAAUCAUGAUAGGGCUAUUGUCACUGGCUUGAGAAACUUCUUCAGAUGCUUCGGAGGGUCUGUGGGCCUUAUUAUUAGUGGAAUAGUGUUCAACACUAUUUUCAAAAGCAGGUUAAGACACUUGAACCUCUCUGACACUGAGAUUGAACAUAUAAUCUCCAACCCAGACUUCUCACUGAUAUCCAACAAAAUAUUACUGCACGAGGUAAAGAAAGCUUAUCUUCACUGUUUCAAAACUAUCAUGAUCAUAUUAACUGCGAUGUCUGCAGCUAUGCUCGUGUUAUCCCUCAUGACAAAAGACGGCAAAGAGCCAGAAACAGAAAAAGAAGCUGUCAUUGAAUCCUCCAGCGAUGACAAAACAAAUACUUCUAAAUAA